AUGUCGUUUUUAAGGUACGUUGUUUUUGUUUCCUUUCCGAAAUCGAGAUCAUACUCUCACAGUCUGCAACAUUUCCACGAUAACAUUGAUGUUGUUUCCUCGUUCAAUGAAAUGCUCCAUAAGGAUCCCACUCCUCCCGCCAUUGAAUUUGGCAAGAUUUUAGGUUCUCUUAUGAAAGCCAAACAUUACCCCACUGUUGUUUCCCUUUCCCAAAAAAUGGAGCUAAACAGAGUUGCUCCUGAUUUUGUAACUCACAAUAUCCUCAUCAAUUCUCUCUCACAAUUGGGUCAUAUUACUUUUGCUUUUUCUGUAUUCGCAAAGAUUCUCAAAAGGGGUUAUCGCCCGGAUUGCUUUACCUUCAAUACAUUCAUCAGGGGUCUCUGUCUCAAAGGUCAGCUCCAUAAUGCAUUGCAAUUUCAUGACAAGGUUGUAGCUCAGGGAUUUCGGUUGGACCAAGUUUGUUACGGGACAUUGAUCAAUGGUUUAUGCAAAGCGGGUGAAACAACCGCAGCACUACGAUUGCUGAGACGAGUUGAUGGGAGAUUGGUUCAGCUUGAUGCGGUAAUGUACAAUACAAUCAUUGAUAGUAUGUGCAGAGAUAAACUUGUUAAUGAUGCAUGUGAUUUAUAUUCUAAAAUGGUUGCUAAGAAAAUUUCUCCCAGUGUUUUCACUUACAAUGCUUUAAUUAGUGGCUUUUGCGUUGUUGAUAAUUUGAAAGAAGCAAUUCAUUUGCUUAAUAGAAUGGCAUCGGGAAACGUCUAUCCGAAUGUGUAUACCUUUAGUAUAUUGGUUGAUGCUUUUUGUAAGGAGGGAAAGGUGAAAGAAGCACGAAAUGUGUUAGCUAUGAUGAUUAAAAAAGACGUUCAACUUAAUGUUGUUAUUUAUACUUCUUUAAUGGUUGGAUAUUGUCUUGUAAAUGAAGUGAAUAAGGCCAAUGAUAUACUCAACAUUAUGUCCGAAAGGGGAGUGACUGCUAAUGUUUGGAGCUACACUACCAUGAUCGAUGGAUUUUGUAAGGCUAAAAUGGUGGAUGAAGUUAUAAGUCUUUUAAAAGAAAUGCAUUGUAGAAAUAUCAUUCCUAAUACAAUAACUUAUAAUUCCCUUAUUGAUGGCUUGUGCAAAUUAGGGAGAAUCCCAUAUGCUUUGGAGCUUGUUGAUGAGAUGUAUGAUAGAGGUCAACUACCUAAUAUAAUUACGUACAACUCUAUAUUGGAUGCUUUAUGCAAAAAACGUCAAGUUGAUAAGGCAAUUGCACUGUCAAGAACAUUUAAAGAUAUGGGUAUUCAACCAGACAUGUACACAUAUAAUAUUCUUAUCGGUGGAUUGUGUAAAGUUGGAAGACUAGAGGAUGCACAAAAGGUUUUUGAAGAUCUUUUGGUCAAAGGCUACACUCUUAAUGUCUAUACAUAUACUUUUAUGAUCCAUGGACUCUGUAAGAAAGGCUUGUUCGAUGAAGCAUUGGCCAUGCUGUCGAAAAUGGAAGACAAUAGUUGCACUCCUGACGCCGUUACUUAUGAAAUAAUUAUCUGUUCCCUUUUUGAUAAAGAUGAAAAUGAUAAGGCGGAGAAACUUCUUCGUGAAAUGAUUGUAAGAGGUUUAUUGUAAGACUGGAACUAGAGGUGGGCUGCUUCAACCCAUUUGUCAGAAGGUAAGAGCUAUUGAUCAACAGAGGACUUGCAGAGG